AUGAGCAAUUUCUACCCAGUCGAUAUCGCCUCGUACUCCCUCCUAUUUAUAAACUUAAGCGAAUAGGAAAACCUCUGGAUGCUGAAUGCUCACUGUCUUUGAAGGAAGCGUAACCUGCGCAUUGUGGAAGCCUCCUGGGUCGAAACUAUGGCUACCAACGUUGACACUCACUCUCCGUUGUAUAAUAGAGUAUCAAGAUGUAUUGCAAGUAUUAUACGUUUCCAUCGAGCCAAUGCUUCCAAAGAGGGUUUGUGCCCUCAAGUGAUCAUCUCAUGUUACCGUCUUCGGCACCGAUGGUCUCCUAAAGCUCUGUCACAUCCUCAAUCGCAGAAAGAGGAAGUUGUAAGACGGAUUUUGGAUAAGAUGAUUGAGGUGAGCAUGACUAUUUUGUCAUAGUUGGUCAAGCCGUUUCUAAAAACACAGGUCCAUAUGCUGGUGAAAGUACCUCAAAAAACCGCACCCUCUGGAAGAAAUCUACCGGCAACAAUCGAGCAAAGCUAUAUUCUAGAUCCUACCGGUGAGACGGAGAGCUGUAGACCGGGCGAGUCCUGUGAUGAUUUAUUGAUUUCAAGCGUAUUCAGGCCCAAUCAAGUAAUGUAUGAUUCAAGCCUCCCAACACCAAAUAGCAUAAUAAAUCGGGAAUAUGUCUCCAUGAGUGAGCUUGGACCAAAUGCGUCACGCUUUCUCAUUCCCACCAAUACAAACAUUCUUGGCUCUUCUACAGAAGUCCACGGUCAUAAGAGGCGUCGUAAUUCCGCUGUUAAUGGCGGUUCAAGUGCCAUGGAGAGAUCUAAUAAUGAAAAAGAAAGCCAGUUCAACCAGCAAUCAUUGACUAUGGUUUCACCAGCUGGUAGAAAUCAAGUGGAACGGGGGCCACAAAGCUGCGAGGUUAAUGGUUCAGAUGAGACCCAGUCAAAUGCUGAAAGGCUCGCACACGAGGUAAUUUAUCCUAGCGCUAUUUAUGCCAUUCUCUAACUUCAUCAGGUUGCCAAUCUUCCUUGGCUAACCCAAGGUCUUCAAGGAUUGAGUGAAAGAUAUCCCGAUGAUCGAUACGAACUUGUUUAUGAAAAUGAUCUACUUCAGAUCAAAUGUCACGACUGUAAAGGACGACUGUACAAGGUUCAUUAUCAAAAUUGUGACGUUUCAAACAUGGAGUGGCAUGCAAAAUCGACGGUACAUGCAGAUAGGGUAGAAACGAGGAUUGCUGAAUUAGGAGGCGAGGCAAAGCUCACAGAUGAGGUGAAGAAGAGGCGACAGGCUCUUGAGUCUGCUAGAAAGACGGCCCCGCAAAGGUUUCGGAAACCAUAUUCCAGGCCUGUGGCUACAUUUCAGCCAGCAGCUCCAAGAAAUUCAGCGCCGCAACAUCCAGGCUCUAUAUGGAAUGCAUCUCUCCUCCGUGAAAGGUCCCACCAACUUCGAACAAGCAGCCAACAUAAACAGUCUUCCAUUCCAGAGCAAAGCACACCCAACAUUCGACAAGAUUUUGAAUUAGAUAGUCCCAGUGGCACGCCACCCAGCCCCUCACUCAUCGUCGAAGACUUCAGCCAAAAUGAACGAUCCUCUUCUAAAAUCCAACAACUAGAGUCGCGCGUCCAGAGCUUAGAACUUGAAAACAUCGCCCAUGAACGCACAAUAUCCGUGCUACAAAACAAACUCCGCACACAACAACAAGUCAACAAUACCCAUCAAUCUGUUAUUAAAGAUUUAAUCCUGCGAGUCCAGGCUCUGGAGCAGAAAGGAUAAACGGCAUGAAUGGCUUUCCACGAAAUGUUAUAUUCGAGGUUCUCAUGCUACAAGCGAGCAUUGAUUAGAGGCAUAGACAAUAAAUUAAGUGGCCUAGUCUUUUUUUUUUUUGGAGAUAGGAUGCAAGUUGCACACGUUCAAGUCUCGUAUUCAAGAUAGGCCUCUGCUUCUGGAGUUCGGGGCUGGGAUUUAAAUGGAUAUGAAAAUUUGUUAACAACGCAAAGUUUAUCACUUUAAUGCUGAAACAAUCGAAAAACCAUAGGCGACCUCGGAAUCAUCUCAAAUGCAGAACGGGGAAAAUAUGUAUUGCUAGUACGGUACAUAUUGCUAAUUUUGCACAUAUAAUUAGAUUAGUUGAUUUAUCACCACCGCUUUAUCCAUCCAUCUAGGGAAUGUCCGUAUUCUGUUUAGUUUUUCCUGCUAUUUCACAAAAAUGUUAGAUGUAUUCUGUUUGAAUUCUUCCUGCUCCAUCUUCAUAGAAGAGAAAUUUCGGCAUUGUAGGGUACUUGUUGUUUGGAGUCAAAAGAUUUUGCGUUUCAAAUGAUUAAGAAAUUUGGUUUACUAGAGU